UGGUAGUAUGAGCUUGAAACUUUUCCGAAUCGCAUGUCGGUGCCGCAAUGAGUUGUCUCAAAGGAUAAUCCUGUAUUCUUAGGUGUUGGAUUGAAAAACUUUUUCCAUGUGAUAACCAGUAACAGUGGAAGGUGUUCAACGUGAAUCGAAAGUUUUCUAAUCAUUUCUUGUGCGACAUAGCAUUAGGAAAGGGUAAUUGAUUUGUCCCAGUCGUUACAGCCUCGCUGGGGGAAAGCGAUAUCCUUGAAAAAAAAGAACUGUAGUGCAGUGCAACGCACUGAUGUGUGACGUAGAAGAAAAAAAUGCAGAUAGUUUUCGUAUGAUAGUAAAGAAAAGAGAUAAUAAGGCACUUUAGGAAAAUCGAUGCUGGAACUGAUGAAAAUUUGAUAUUUUUGACUUUCAAAAUAACACACAUAGGGUACAGAAGUCAAAGAUAGGUGAAAGAGAAAAAAAGAGUGAGUAACGGAAGGCUGCACGGAAACGCGAAGGACGACAGAUAACAGCAGUAAAGGAAAAACUGAACCUCGGCGACAGCUGCGACGAGUGUAAGUGGACUAGGGAAAAUAUAAAGAGAGGGAAAAUCAAAAACUCAAAUAAAAUUAGCAGAGUUUUUCUUUCUCGGUGAACUUUGCUCGUAAAAGAUACGUGUAUUGUGUAGUAGAACCUAGAGCACCCCAUCCCACUCAUCGCCCACUGGGAUCACCGAAGGAGGAAGAUAACCAAAGAUACGGAACUGCUGAAAAUAGAACAAGACAAUUUGCGUUACACUUUUUCCUUUUUCCUCAGCAAUAGCGGUGGCAACAGCAGCAAAAUCGUUAUCAGCAUCAGCAGAAAUAAAUUCCAGAAAAGUAUCUAAGCAGAACAAAAAAACGACUAUUGUGGAUUUUUUCCUGAUAUCUGAUACAUCUUGGCGUACUCUCUUAGUACCAACACUACGGUGCUGAUAGAGAUCUCUCGUGCUUUCUCCUCGACUCUCGCAGACACCGUCGAAGGAACUAUUCUGGGAACUGAGACCGUCGUCGCCGGAGCGCUUCCAGCCACCGGAAUCAUCCUUUUCCCAGUGCGAAGAGACAGUUAGUGAAUGUGGUGUGUGGAAGCAUAGCCGUAACUGUGCCCUCGUCGUUCGGUCAGUUCACCUCUCGAGAUUGUGUAAGCAAAUAGAAACGUACAGCAAGACAAACAUUUUCUCGACCUUUGACAUCGUAUCGGUGGCAUCUUCCACGUAAGUGUGCUUUUAAUAGCUCGCACUGACGAAUUAAUUCAGAGCAAAGCGUCACAGUGCCAUCUGUCAACCGAAUUAAGUCGCAUAUUUCCAUCUGAACGAAUCGAAACGACGAGUGCGGAAAAUCAACCCCCAUCUACUAGUGAGUUUUCGAGAGUAGUGAACACAAGUGGUGCCCCAUUGUAUUAGCUUCGCUUCGUUGCUCUUCGCAAGUGGAUGUGCAGUGGCAAUUAGCGAAUUAAAACAAAAGAAGUUGGAAAACAGUUUCGAGUGAAGCACGCAGCAGGAGAGCGCUACUUGGGAAAUUGGUGUCAUCGUUGUUAAAUGCUCUCUAUAGUCUUAUAGCUUUGUUUGCGAUCUCUCCACAUCAUGGAGAUCCGAGGCCUAAUCACCCGACUGCUGGGUCCAUGCCACUUUCGACAUCUGAUACUGUGCAGUUUGGGACUUUACUCCAUUCUGGUGCAGUCGGUUCACUGCCGGCAUCAUGACAUCGGUAGCUCGGUGGCACACCAGCUAGGAUCGAAGCACUUGUCACAAUCAUCCUCGUUAUCGCCAUCCUCGCAAUCGUCGUCAUCGUUAGCUGAAGAGUCGAUACUGAAUAAAGAUUCAGAUGCAUUUUUUACACCAUAUAUAGGUCACGGAGAUUCUGUUCGAAUUAUAGAUGCUGAAUUAGGUACCCUAGAGCGAGAGCUCGUCCAUAGCUCCACUACCCGCCGCCGUGGCUUAACGAGGAGAGAAUCGAGUUCAGAUUCCACCGACAACGAUCCGCUAGUUGUUACAACAGAUAAGGGCAAAGUGCGGGGAGUUACGUUAGAGGCUCCCAGUGGAAAGAAGAUUGACGCUUGGAUGGGUAUACCUUAUGCACAGCCUCCGGUUGGUCCGUUAAGGUUUAGACAUCCUCGGCCAGUUGAAAAGUGGGCGGGAGUGCUCAAUGCCACAAAACCACCAAACUCUUGCGUCCAAAUCGUGGAUACAGUGUUUGGUGAUUUUGCUGGAGCCACGAUGUGGAAUGCCAAUACACCGUUAUCUGAAGACUGUCUCUAUAUCAACGUGGUUGUACCGCACCCAAGGCCAAAGAAUGCCGCCGUCAUGCUAUGGAUCUUUGGUGGUGGGUUCUAUUCUGGUACUGCUACUCUAGAUGUAUAUGAUCACCGUACGCUGGCAUCCGAAGAGAACGUCAUCGUCGUUUCACUGCAGUACCGCGUUGCAAGUCUGGGAUUUCUGUUUCUGGGGACGCCAGAAGCACCAGGAAAUGCUGGAUUGUUUGAUCAAAAUCUCGCCCUAAGGUGGGUUCGUGACAAUAUUCAUAGAUUCGGUGGUGAUCCUGCACGAGUCACUCUGUUCGGAGAAAGCGCUGGGGCGGUUUCCGUAUCACUACAUUUACUCUCAGCACUAUCCCGGGAUCUGUUCCAGAGAGCCAUUCUUCAAAGCGGAUCUCCAACAGCGCCCUGGGCUCUAGUAUCUCGCGAAGAAGCUACGCUCAGAGCUCUUCGGUUAGCCGAGGCCGUCAAAUGUCCUCACGAUGCAACUAAACUCAGCGAUACGGUUGAGUGUCUUCGGUCGAAAGAUCCCAACGUGUUAGUCGACAACGAAUGGGGAACUUUGGGGAUAUGUGAAUUCCCGUUUGUUCCCGUUGUCGAUGGCGCUUUCCUGGACGAAACGCCACAGCGAUCACUAGCCAGCGGUCGGUUUAAGAAAACAGACAUACUGACUGGAAGCAAUACCGAAGAAGGAUAUUAUUUCAUAAUCUACUAUCUGACGGAGCUGCUCAGAAACGAGGAAGGUGUCACAGUAUCACGGGAAGAGUUCCUGCAGGCCGUUAGAGAACUGAACCCAUACGUUAACGGAGCGGCAAGGCAAGCGAUUGUGUUCGAAUAUACUGAUUGGAUUGAGCCGGAAAAUCCGAACAGUAACCGAGAUGCGCUAGACAAGAUGGUUGGCGACUAUCAAUUCACCUGUAAUGUAAACGAAUUCGCUCAACGAUACGCAGAGGAGGGCAACAACGUCUUCAUGUAUUUAUACACCCAUAGAAGCAAAGGUAAUCCUUGGCCUAGGUGGACCGGAGUGAUGCACGGCGACGAAAUCAAUUACGUGUUUGGAGAACCAUUGAAUCCCGCCCUCGGAUAUAUAGAGGAAGAAAAGGGAUUCAGCAGGAAAAUUAUGAAAUAUUGGUCCAAUUUCGCCAAGACGGGUAAUCCAAACUCGAACCCUCCCACUACUGAGCUUCCGGAAUGGCCGAAACAUACUGCUCACGGUCGACACUACCUAGAACUAGGACUCAACACAAGCUUCGUGGGACGAGGCCCACGAUUGCGGCAGUGUGCAUUCUGGAAGAAAUAUUUGCCGCAACUAGUAGCAGCUACCUCCAAUCUACAAGUAACUCCCGCGAUUAGCGUACCCUGUGAAAGCAGUGCAUCAUCCUAUCGACCCCUACUACUUCUGAUAGUAUCUCUAUUUUUAACGACACGGUUCAAAAUAUAAAAUUUACAUUUUUGUUAUGCUUUUAGGUCAGUUCAGAAUAAGAUUAAAGACAAAAAACAAAAGCAUCAAUACUACUACUAAUACUAAUUACUGAAAUGGAACAAUAAGAUUACAUCCUGCAAAUUUUUUCUUCAUUGAUUCAUUAUAAGUGGAAAGCUCGCUCUGUAACGAACGACUUUAUAAUUAAGUUUUAUUGUUUUUUUUUCUUAACAAUGUUAGGUGAACAGAGGUGAUAUUAUUAACAUUUACUACUCAUACAAUAAACUAAAUAUUUCCUGUUAUAAAUUGUGAUGAAAUUUCGCUUUAACUACACCAGUAAAAGUUACUUAAGUUCAAACAAGAAUUUUAUAAGAUAACUAAUAAAUACAGCUGCUAGAGACAACUAGACAUUAAAUCGAAUACAGUUAUUUUGAAAAAGAGCGAUUUAACUAACUAGCAGAAAUGAAUCCUUUUAUAAACUUGAAAUAAAAGUGUAAAGAUACAAUAAACCCAACAUCUUAUUCUAACAAUCAACUGUUUACUUUAUCAAAAAUUGAAGAAACUUUCUAUUUGAGGAAAAACACUAAACAUUACUAUAGACUAAAAAGUACAUUAAACCCAUUAAACAGAAGAUUGUCGGUGAAAUGGAAUUGUAGAUGACCGUUGCAAGAAUAGAACACAAUAGUAAAUGUUAGAUUGCCCAAUCCUGAAACAAUAUGAAAUUCAAAAAAAAAGAAAGCAACACCUUCAAAGUAAUCGAAGUAAGAAAAACUGAAAACAUAUCAUUAUAUUAUGUAACUCCGUUGUAAGCUAUUGACAGAACAGAAGAAAAACAAAUGAAAUCACCCAAGUGUAGUUACAUAUUUCUAUACAAUUUAUGGUGGCCAAUUUUAAUACGAUGAACAAAUGCGAUAGACGAGGCAUAAAAACAACAACAAUACAACUGAUGAAGGAAAUUAUGUGAACACUAGGGAAACCACUGUUUACCUAAUAUAAAGACUAAGAGUAUUGUAGAAACAAAACAUUAGAAAACCAAGUAAAACUAAAGCGGUUACAGCAUCUCAUGACAACAACAAACAAAAAAAAAGAAAGUGAAACCCAAUGCGACUGUGUUUUAGGCUGCGACGUUUGGAUGUUAAAUUUCUUUGCUAGUUGCACACAUUUUCCCGUUACACUAGGUACUAAAUGGAAUAGUGUUAUUUGGUUUUCCAAGUGCAAACCUUUUCCCAAGAAAAGAUUGGAAAAAGUACCAUUGUGAUGAUUUCCGUGAAUGAAAUGUCAUGAAAUAGAAUAUAUAUCAAAAUUUAACCCACCGGAAGUUCACUCGCCGCUAGACCUUUACCUUGUGUUUGGAUGUUCCGUAAAUAGGUACGCUGUCCCUUUGACGAUCUUUACGAUUAUUAGGUCGUCCGUCAUAUUGGUCAUUGAACAAUAAAUUUGAUUGGAUCCAGUACAAUCAUGUCGUGUUCCAGUGCAUCCUUUUCAGGUGUUCUGCUCAAAUUUGUCAUAUUCUGUUAAGUGAGGCACUGUCUACAAAUAACCUCUAUCACAACAAACACCCGUUGUACUAAUUCUUCGAAUGGCGUAUUCGGGGCGACAUGGUUUAUAAACAUCAACCUCUUUAUUGAAUGGAGCAGUUAUGUGCCUUUCCACCAUGGUCUCUAAUAGCUGACACCAUCUGACAGAAAAAUUAGCAAAAACAUCACCUUGUAGAUAUCACCGCCAAGUUGUUUAUCUACCGACCCUCUCUAACGGCUAAUUUCUUCACAAGGAUGAAAACCGGUUUUCGCUGAAAAUCGGUUUUCGGCUAAGUACUAUUCAGCAAUCUGAGAGCUGGUUUUCGGCGAAAACCGGUUUUCAUUCAGUGAAUAAAUUGGCCGUCACAGAAACCGUUUGAGAAAACGCAAGUGAAAACGCAAAAAUCUGCAGAGAGAGAAAGAGAGCGAGAGAGAAAGAUUGGAAAAAGAAGCCUCACUGGUUACCGUCAUUAUUCAUAUGAAGUAAUAAGAUAAAGCUUAGUUAUUAGUGGAAGAGAGAGUAAACAAAGGCUCUCAUUUUUUUGUUUUGAUUUAACACGGCUCAAUGUCGUUCUUUUAUAAGUUUACAUGAUUUAAAAUAUAUAAACAAUGAAACGAGUGUUAACAAUUGUCCGUCACAUAUCGUACUCGCGGCAUACCAUUGCACGUGGAGACCUUUUUACGUAGUGGCAAUACAUUUGAUUCCUCGCCAACUGCGUCUUGAGGGUCUGAAUGAUUUCUCUCCCGCUGUUGUACACGUCUGUGUCAUCAUCGUGGUUACUGCCUUUAUGUUAGCGAUUGCAUAUUCUUCUUACGAUUACGUGUCACAAAUAUGAUACCUUCAUUCCAGGUGGUAGCUUCCACACUGAUGGUACAGAAUGCUAACUUUAAGGUAGUUAUUUUACACUUCUUUUGCAAUUGUCAUUAAGUUUGUUCCAAUACCAAGAUAAACUGGAAAUACUCCGGAUCAAGCAGGAUGAGAAUCGUUCUUGUAGACUCGUUUUCUCUUUCUCUUCUUGUAGCAAAACGGGGUAAAAAGGAGUACAUUGUUUUACUCCUGUUUGCUCCGGAGAUCAUGUAGCCGAACCUGGAUUUUUUCAUCAUUCAUAUGUAUAGGUUCUUGGUGUUAGUGUUGUGAAAUACAGCACGUGCUGUUACGGCGAUUCUCACCAGCGCUUUGAGUACCCCUCGGGUGAGUGAGAGAGCGACGCGUCAACUGUCUUUCUACCACGAGCUCUUGGACGGAGAGAUAGUUGAGAUCAAAGGCCUUAGUAUAAAGGUACGCAAAGAGUGUGCAGAAAGUGAAGCCGAAAAAAGUUUACUUAUCGAGCAAAAUUAGAAUCCAACUUUGCUGCAGAGGUAUCAGAGAUGGAUUCGACUUGUGCUCGAUAGGUAGGCUUUUUUUAACUUCACUCUUUGCACAACUGUUCUCUAUAGACUGUGGUUGAGAUCAGUCAAAAGUGGGGUAUAACAUGCGUUUCAGAUUGUUUUGAGUGAUUGUUGAAUCUAUUUGCAUCGCAAUUUGAAUUUAUAGUUUGAAUUUAUUAUUAUUCACAUCAUUUAUACAGGUCAUUGAUCAGCCGUUAUAGAAAGGCAAUGAUUUGUUCGGACGUUCGGUAGUCCUAGUUAGAUGUUGCGAUGGGCGGAUCGUAUCACUGUCAACUUUGCAAGGAGCAAAAUACAGGAUCUAGGAUGGUCAGUAUCUGCAACUGCGAGAUUUAGUGGCACUUUGAAUAUGCAGGUGUCAACGACAGCAUUGCGGGGACGUAUCGAACAUUUACCGGUCCCAACUGCCAGCAGCCGUCCUUGACAAUUUCGGAAGAAAAUUCGGCCAGCAAGGCUGGUAAGCAAAGCAGAAGAACAGAAGGUCUUGGAGCUGGCUAACAUGAAACUACAGCUGGAGGCGGAAGUUUUGGAAGAGACAUUUCGGUUGCGUGAAAAAAUGGAGCAGACAGAAAGAAGGGAUGCCUGAAGCGUGACAUCAGAGCAAAGAACGCGCAGCAAGGUGAAUAAAUGGUAGAAUAAGCAGUACGACAUCUUGAGUUCGCCAUCGAAGCGAGUAACGCUGACCGCUACUGAGGCCGGACCCCUGAAAGGAGCAGCGGCGACAUCCGGAAUAGGCGCUAGGCUGGACGGCGACAGGUAACCCGCUAGCAAACAUAGAACCGUUCUGGAUAGUGUGUUGGCAGGUAUUUCACUAGAAGAUACAACCGUAGAGGACACUUUAAGGAGAAUGAUAGGUUGAACAUCAGAGACGUAUUUGCACGCAGGUGUUGUCAGUAGACACAGUUUUCCCGUUGUUUCUUUCGCCAUUUCGGCCACAAAUGCUAGCAGACGAACUUCUUUCUCGUUAACAGACCGUCGAAACAAGUUUGCUGUAACCAAUUUAAACCCGCCUGGGCCAAAUCUGCCACUUCCCUCUUAUCUCCCCUCGUCGGGCUGUCUUAAUUAUAUAAUCGUAGCAGUCUGUUUUCGGUGAACCAUGUGAUAAAUAAUAACGAUACGACCGAAAUGCUAGAAACAUCUGUAAGGGCGGGACUGAGCAAUCUAGUUCUGAGCGACCAACCGUUGCUGAAACCAGAAGAGCAGCCGAUACCAGGAGGUGAAAAUCAACUAUUUGCCACACCCGGAUGCACGACUGCUGUCAGGGCGAGGAAGUCAACUGUUGCCGAACGAAUAUGCUCGACCGUUGUCAUCACGCGGAUUUCCGUGAUCGAACCCAAGCGAUGUUGCCGAAUCAAAACGGUCAGUUUCUGAACCACAACCGAGUCCGUACUAUGGAUGAUCGAGUCCGCACAACUAGCUGGAAGGCAUGUGAUUGUAAAGGAGCUGUAUAUCUUUGCGUGUAAUCCAAAAGUCUGGAUAUUGUUCAUCAGCUCGUUUAUCAACACUACUGAAGUGUGUGGAUAUCCAGUCGUAGAGAACUUAGUCAGUUUUCAAAGGUGUUUGAGGGGCAAAGCGUACGAGACACUACGAAGCCGCCUACUACUUCCCGCCGCCGUUCCUCAGGUCAUAACCACACGCGAAAUGUUAUACGUUAGGCCGGAGUUGCUGAUACACACGCUGCUAUUGAAAGUAGGAGCAGUUCCUACGCCGAAACAGGAUCGACUUGACAGCUUAAUCGGGUAUGGAAUGACUGAGCGAAAUCUCAGCGAUCACCUGGAAGCGAGCGGCCAGGAAGUGCAUCUCAACAUCCCAAUAUUAUUGUUGGAGUUAGUGGAAAAGCUACCCGCUAAUAUUAAGCUGAAUUGGUUGCUAUGUAAGCAACAUUAUCGGCCUUAUUCUGCGCGGCGUGUGACGUGAGACGACUAAACUCACCUCACUUUAUGUGACUUUUCUCACCCGAUUCUAAGAGUCGACUCGGGUGAGGUGAGAUUCCCCAUUGCCGUUAAAUGGGCGUCUCACGUCACCCGAAGUGACUCUUCAGAAUUGGGUGACAAAAGUCAUGUAGAGUGAGGUGAGAUUAGUCGUCUCACGGCACACGCCGCGCAGAAUAGGGCCGUAUGAGGCGGUGAACGCUCAUGUUCACCAUACGUGAUGACGUUGGUGAGAGUGGCAACCGAUGCCAUAAUUCGAAAACACUAUGUCGACGAUUAUUUGGACAGUGUGGAUAGCGUCGGCGUUGAAUAUAGCACUUGAAUUUAGACACGUCCAUUCUUUCGCUGGUUUACAUUUACGGAACUGGUUGUCAAACUCAAAGGACGUUCUUUCGCGGGUCGACGAGAACAACACUGCGACCGAGAAGCGUUUUCAUUUUUGAAUAAGAGUCUAGAAGCCACAAGCCGCGAUGAGUCCGUUUAACCCUGCUGGAUUACUGAGCUUUUACCUUAUCCACGGUAAUAUCCUGAUUGUGGAGAGCCAAAGUCGAUUGGGAUCACCCGAUCCCGAUGAAGCUAAAGAAAAAAUAUAAAAGGCGGACCCAUUUGUUUUAGUACCUAGAUAAAAUAUUAUAGCCUAAUAUAUAAUCCACAAAUUUGGCAACCGUUUGAGGUUCAGGUGAUGAUCUUAAAAACUGUUUUUGGCUUGAUUACCUUAGAUGAGUAGACAACUGGUCGUGAUGCAUUCUCCUCAACAUCUUCCGCGCAACGUUUUCCAUGCCAAGGAAUUCCACAAAGAUCCGUUCGAAAUUCUUUAAAAUCGUGAUCGAUCAUCUUUAAUUCCGGCCAAACUUUACACGUUCCACCGGCUUCGAAGAUUAUACAUUUUCCACAGACAAUGAUAUCAAUUUGACCUCAGGGCAACUUUUUUAAAAGGGCCUGCAGCAUUUCAAAUAGUUCAAAAUAAUGCGUUUUAUUUUAUAAUUGAAUAUUUUAACAUCUUUUUUUUUUUUGUUUUUGUCAGUCAUGUCACAUUUUCAGUAUUUAUUUUUGCUGUAAAAGUACGGUCCUCGAGCUUUUAAUAGUAAUACAUGCAAAAACUUCUACGCCCUUUUGAAAGUUUCUCUUGUGACGAAAUGUUCAAAUUACGCGAGGAAAACAUUAAAUCUCCAUGUCCGCAAUUGCGAAGUUUGAUCCGAAUCGACGGUUGUCAUAUUUGAUGGUAGGCCACUUUCUCAUGGAAUCCCUCUGGUGUUUCAUCUGAUAACUGUACUGACACGUAUGAAUCUGCCCUUGAUGGGUGCAUAGCGUGGUCUGUCCUUGAUAGGUGCAUAUCUGUUUUGAAUUGUAAUGUCUGGUCGGAAGGACUAAGCCGGUCCGCUCGCAUACUCACCACAAAAAACGCCGUUGGGAAUAUCUGAAGUAUCACGUAUAACGGAUUUCAUUUGAUCGUAUUACUGACAUGUAUUUCGACAUCGAAAUGUCACUAUCUGGAACUACGAGUCAUUCGAAAAUCUGAAACCUAUCGAUGUCACGUUUUGGCGUCACCAUUUUGAACGCAAAUAACCUGAGUAAUAGAUGAAUUUCCUUCUUUUCACUACCGAAUCAUUGGGAAGUAACUAAAAUUUCGUUUUAGUGCUAUAUUGUUUAUGUAUUUGAAUAGUACUCUAUUGAAAAACAGGAAGAGAUCUUGGAAAACGUGAAAACUCCCAUACAUGAGUCAGUCUCUUCCGGGCAAAGCCGCCAUUAGGGAGCACCUAGCGACUCAAUCAAAUACCACGAGAUUAUAAAUGGCUCGUCUGUUUGAGUCAGUCGAUGCUUGCUUUUCGAACGAGCAACACCAGGGCAAUGACGUCCGGAAGAUGCGAGAAGUUGAACACGCUAUAAAUUUGCGGCAGUGUUGGCAUGGAAAACUAUGCAUAAAUUAUUCGUGUAUGCAACGUUUCAAAUCGCACAGCACGGUGAAGAGCACGCGAUAAACUACACACAAUGGAAAUAGGUGCAAGUUGUACUAGCUCCCGAAAAGUUUUCCUUCAGUUCAACAGUGUGCGAUAGGUUUAAGGUUGGGUGGGUAUAGGAUGGCUACAGUUCAACACUGCAGGGUGCGGCGUGUGUGUACUGAAUGAUGCAUUUUUCAUCACUGGCAUGUUUCUGUAGGUAUGUCUAAAACAUGGGCUGGCAUAAUCGGGUUUGGGUUUACUAAAAUGCGGUGGUGAGUUGAAAAUGUUGGUUGGUUGGCAUGGGUUUAAGUUACGUAAGAACAGCUUCCUUAAGCUUAAAAGUAAUGUCAUCUAAUCGAGAGAAAACAUCGAUUGGUUUUUAUCUCAGGUUUGCAAGCAUUAGUAUUUUAUAUCGUUCAAUUACUUGGGGAAUAUUGAGCAGCGUAGCAUUUUAUAUAGCAGGUUCAAAACAUAACUGGAAUGGAAACAAUCGCAUCCCCACCAGAGCGUUAUGUUUGAUUUUUUCUUUGUUGUUUCAUUUGAAACACGUUUAGAACAUUUGUAGUACAGUUCUAGAUUUAUAAUUGUGACAGUUCUAUAAUAUAAAACUGAAAAUUUUACAACUGAAAUUGCUGUUCUAAAUACUCUCUAUGCAAUUAAAACACAGUUAUAAAUGCGUUUAAAACUAAGAAACGAAUAGAAUGGCGGCAUGUACCAGUUUGCAAUUUUAAAACAGAACUGUUCGAAACAAAACACUAUGUUGGGGAUGUAAAGUUUUUUACCGUUAACUGAUAAUGUUGCUGGCAGCAUUGCUGUAUCGGAAUUCAAUCAGAUUAAUUGCAAUAAUAUCAGUUGUACGAAUAGUACUAAUAAAUGUUAAUGAUCAAAAGAAAGGAAUUAGUACCAGUUAUUAACCUUACCUGGAUUUGUGGGCAGAUCUUGCCUAAAUUAAAAGUUACAGAGCUUUUAAAACGUUCUUCUUUGUAAACAACAUGGACAUGAAGAGGAUAUAUGUUACUAUGUUUUAAUUGCCGCAAGGUUCUACUGUAUCGAUUUUGUUGGCUAUUUUCGGCAAAUUUGAGACAAAGAGAAACGAAAGUAAUGAAAUUGAAAGACGGAUAAGUAUUCUAGAGCGCAUCAGUUAUAAACUUAGAACGGAAAACUAGAACUAGGCGGCUCAUAUGGGCAUGAUCGAAAGGAAAUGUGAAGAGUUCUUUGCCUUCUGCAGAGUAGGAAUUGGGCGUUGCACCCAAGUCUACCGCAUGGUCUAUGGUAGAACAUAACUCAUCAUCAUGUUUAACCGCCGACGCAGGCUUUCGUUUCUCUUUGUCUCAAAUUUGCCGAAAAUAGCCAACAAAAUCGAUACAACAUGAAGAGGAUAUGCUUAAAAGAGGAAGCUGGAUCUAUCAUCGGUACUAGACAAUGCAAGCCUGUAUCAUAUUCUGUAAGAUUUCGCAGCCAAUUGGGAUAUACUUUUGAUUACAGAUAGUCAAAGGACAAGCGAAAACAAUCUCGAUCUAUGGGAUAUUACUCAUAUCGUUUGUGUAUGACAGGUUUCAUGGUUUAAAUAACUACGAAUAUCGUUAGAGUAUUAUAUAAAGAUCAAAGGUCUUCAAUGUUUUCCAUGUAGAGACCCCGACAUUGUUUAAAAUUGUUACGUAUAGUAACGCUGAAUUGAUGGCGUACCUGAAACGAUCAUUAUUGUUAAAAAUUUUAAUUCUCAUCAUAGGUAUUUUCCCAUAUAAGCCAAUUUAGAAACACACUCAGUCAUUGUAAGUUCCGUUUUGUUACUGGUCAUUACGCGGAACCUGCAACAUAUAUUCCUUUAUCUAGUCUAGUCAUGCAACUCCCAUAAAAAAAAAUCCCCAAAAAGAUGCAAUGAUUUGUAUUAGAGCGACUUCCGGUGCACACGGACCAAUUUUCGAACAAUAUAAGCUAAAUCUGUGAAAGAUCUGUGAGCUGAUUGUGUGAAUAAAACGUGAAUCAAUAUACAACUAAAUAAACUGCAAGUGCAAUGCUGAAAUUUAGCGCUUGAAAGCAAUCGAAAAUCUGUUCUGUUGAUAUCCUAGUAGUUUGUACUGACAUAUAAGCCUUUGCCGUUCGGUUUGCAUUCGCUAGCUUAGAGCUUAGAGUUGAUGUAAUGCUUCACAAUCGAAACAAACAGUAUCUCAAUACACCAUUUACACGCUAACGAAAAAAAAAUCCGCUAGGAGAAGAUGGUAAAAAGUACAAAACUCAGAACACCUUCGUAAAUUAGUAUCAAAUCAACGUGGUUUAGGUAAUUGGCUGAAAAAAAGUAAUCUUAUAGAACACAGAUUCUACACUAGAAAUGUAAACUUCGAUGUCCCUUAGACCCACGGGGAAGCAACCCCAGCAAAAAAAAGAACUAAUGUUUCAGGACAAUUGAAGCGUUCAAAAAUGAAAAGCGAUAAGUAUUGCCGUAUGUUUUCUGUAGUUGUAGUACCCGAGAGUAAGAUUUUUAGCACCCACAAAUCAAUUUGUCAAACAAAUGAAAAAUCACUUAAAUAAAAACGGAAUCAACGAUCGCUAAAAUAAUAAUUUAUGAAGAAACUAUAGCAUAGGUUGAGCAUAAGUCAAUAAACACCGUUUAAGUAAUGAACAAAAACACUAAAUGAACACAAUAGCUUAGCUAAGUAAGAGAUAAGAAAAGAGCGGAAAAGGGUUAAGAAUGAAAAAUGUUCAUAAUACAUAUCAUUUAAUCGUAGAAUGUAUAAUCAUUUUAGGAAAGCAUAUUUUUAAAACUGACAAACAUAACCUAAUAACGAAUAGCGAAGAUGUGAAACUAUCAACACACGUCAUAUAAAUAUGAAUAGCUGGGGACACGCUUAUCUAUGCCAAUAUGUAGCACAGCAGUUGUGCAUCGAAGCCAAGGAAAAAUUCUUUCACAUUUUGCACUGUCAUCAGUAGCUGUUAAUAUUGGUUUCAUCGGUUCCAUUUUAAGUAUUGUUUCCGAAAGCAUUUUAUUUAAAAAGUAUCGCUAAAAGAUAUUUAACAUACGAUUGGUGGUUGUUUUAGUUUAAUUAAAUACGUUCUGAAUUUGUGCUACUACCUACUGUUAAAUAUCUAGUGCAUUACGGUUGAUUCCCCUGUGAUUGAACCAAGGCAACAAUUUGCUAUUUAAUCUGUAUCUGCACAGCAGAACUGUACAAUAUUCUCAUGCAAAACAAUACACACUAGGUUUCGUUUAACUCUUAGACAACUGCUUUCUACAUUCGUAUAUAUCUUUAAGCCUUUUCGCCUAUUAAAAGUACGAUGUUCCAAUAACUAAUGAUAAGUUUAAUUCACUCUCUACCAACAUAAACUGAAUUUGGCCUAAUAACAAUAAACAAGAAGUCUUCAAACCCUAUCUCUCACAGACACUCACACUCACAAAUAUAAUCCUAAAUCAAGCUUCGAUUAAGUAGAAAUGAUGAAUUUUAUGAAAAAAAUCGAAUAUAGCCUAACCUUUCCCCUUCUACUAACACAACACAACACUCAAAUAUAUAGCGACAUUAUUGAAUUCCAUGGUAAUGUGCAAGAAAAAGACGAACACAAGAAAUGUACGGGCUAUUAAUGAGAGCAAAUUGUUAAGCUACUAAUAAAGCGAAAAUCAAUAACAUUUGAUUGAAUUGAAGCAAAUAGUUUAUUUUUGUUACCAAUUUCUUCUUAUACAAAAUUACAAAAAAGGUCUCUGCUAUAUUAAUUAUUUAUUACAAUAGAUUUAUGAUGAUUAUACAUAAUAGAAUCCUAACUGAACAUUACAAGUAAGUAUGAAAAAAAUGAAAGACAAAUGGCGAAUACUAAUAGAUCUAAAAUGUAUUUGAAUUAAUUGACAGAUAAUUGACACUUGAAUAACUAAAAUGAAAGUAUAUAAAACAUAUAAUGCUUUGUUAAAUGUAAAUGUUGUGUAUAGGAAAUAAAAUACACAAUUUUAAAAAUA